GGCGAAAGCUCUUCAGGCUCCGCGGUGGCGGCUGUAGCGGCGGCGGGGGGGCGGGGGGCAGGGCGUGGUGAGGUAAGGUGAAUGCCCGAACAGGGUUCCCCGGAGCCAUGGCCUGCUCCAUUGUCCAGUUCUGCACCUUCCAGGACCUCCAGGCCGCCCGGGACUUCCUCUUCCCUCGUCUGCGGGAGGAGAACCCCAGCUGCACCGUGAGGAGGGACCCCAGUAAAUCAAACUGGGAAGAUGAUGGUUGGGGAGCAUGGGAAGAAACAGAGCCCCAAGAACCUUUUUAUUCACAGGAAGAAGAAGGAAAUACAUGCAAAACACAAAAAACUUCCUGGCUUCAGGAUUGUGUUUUAUCCUUAUCUCCAACCAAUGAUCUUAUGGUUAUAACUCGGGAGCAAAAAGCUGUAUUUCUAGUGCCAAAAUGGAAACAUAGUGAUAAAGGGAAGGAAGAAAUGCAGUUUGCUGUUGGUUGGAGUGGUUCUUUAAGUGUCGAAGAAGGGGAAUGUGUAACCAGUGCUCUGUGUAUCCCACUAGCAAGCCAGAAGAGGAGUUCCACUGGACGACCAGACUGGACCUGCAUUGUGGUGGGCUUUACUUCGGGUUACGUACGCUUCUACACAGAGAGUGGCGUGCUCUUGCUCUCACAGCUCCUGAAUGAGGACCCAGUGCUACAGCUCAAGUGCAGGACCUAUGAAAUCCCACGACAUCCCGGCGUGACGGAGCAGAAUGAAGAGUUGAGUAUCUUAUAUCCAGCUGCCAUCGUGACUAUUGAUGGAUUUAGCCUUUUUCAGUCUCUUCGUGCUUGUCGAAAUCAGGUGGCCAAAGCUGCAGCAUCAGGCAAUGAGAACAUACAGCCACCACCGUUAGCUUAUAAGAAAUGGGGUCUACAAGAUAUUGACACAAUUAUCGAUCAUGCUAGUAUUGGUAUUAUGACUCUGUCCCCUUUUGAUCAAAUGAAGACUGCCUCCAAUAUAGGUGGAUAUAAUGCAGCAAUUAAAAACAGCCCACCCGCUAUGUCUCAGUAUAUCACUGUAGGGUCCAAUCCAUUUACGGGCUUCUUCUAUGCUUUAGAGGGAAGCACGCAACCAUUAUUAUCUCACGUUGCACUAGCAGUGGCAAGUAAACUCACUUCUGCUUUAUUUAAUGCUGCCAGUGGUUGGCUUGGUUGGAAAAGCAAGCAUGAAGAAGAAGCUGUCCAGAAGCAAAAACCCAAGGUUGAACCAGCUACCCCAUUAGCUGUAAGGUUUGGACUUCCAGAUUCCAGACGCCAUGGUGAAAGUAUAUGUCUGUCUCCAUGUAACACGCUGGCAGCAGUAACAGAUGAUUUUGGCAGAAUUAUUUUGUUGGACGUAGCUAGAGGAAUUGCAAUACGCAUGUGGAAAGGGUAUCGAGAUGCACAGACUGGUUGGAUCCAAAUUGUAGAGGAUCUCCACGAAAGAGUGCCAGAAAAGGUGGACUUUUCCCCCUUUGGAAGUCCUCAGGGUCCAAGUCGAGUAGCUCAGUUCCUUGUGAUCUAUGCACCGCGGAGGGGCAUUUUAGAAGUGUGGAGCACACAGCAGGGCCCUAGAGUAGGCGCUUUCAACGUGGGAAAGCACUGCAGGCUUCUGUAUCCUGGCUAUAAAAUAAUGGGCUUAAAUAACGUUACCAGUCAGAAUUGGCAGCCGCAGACUUACCAGAUCUGUCUGGUUGAUCCAGUGUCUGGAAGUGUGAAAACAGUAAAUGUCCCUUUCCAUUUAGCAUUGAGUGAUAAGAAGAGUGAACGAGCCAAGGACAUGCACUUAGUGAAGAAACUGGGAGCCUUACUGAAAGCAAAAUCUCCCAAUCUUGAUUUGAUUGAAACAGAAAUAAAGGAAUUAAUUCUCGAUAUUAAGUACCCUGCAACCAAAAAACAAGCAUUGGAAAGCAUUUUGGCAAGCACACGUUUACCAUUUUCCUGCCUUAGAAACAUCACUCAGACGUUAAUGGACACUUUACAAAAUCAAGAGCUUGAGUGUGUUGAUGAAGGAUUGCUACAGUUUUGUGCCAAUAAAUUGAAAUUACUCCAUCUUUAUGAGUCUGUCAGUCAAUUAAAUUCCAUUGAUUUUCAUUCAGACACGCCAUUCUCUGAUAAUGACUUGGCUGUGUUACUAAGACUUGAUGAAAAAGAACUUCUUAAGCUCCAGGCGUUGUUAGAGAAGUAUAAACAAGAGAACAGCAGGACUGCUGUCCGAUUUUCUGAUGAUAAGGAUGGUGUGUUGCCUGUGAAAACAUUUCUGGAAUAUUUAGACUAUGAGAAAGAUGUGAUCAACAUAAAGAAGAUAAGUGAAGAGGACCGUGUGGCUUUAGGCAGUUUCUUUUUUUGGAAGUGCUUAUGUGGAGAAAGCUCCACUGAGGAUAUGUGUCACGCUCUGGAGUCAGCUGGACUUAGCCCCCAGCUGUUGUUGUCUCUGCUCCUGAGUGUUUGGCUUUCUAAGGAAAAAGAUAUUUUGGACAAACCGCAGUCUGUCUGCUGUCUCCAUACGAUGCUGUGCCUCCUGAGCAAGAUGAAAGUGGCCAUCGAAGAGACCUGGGAUUCUCAGUCAGUGUCCCCUUGGUGGCAGCAGAUGCGCACGGCCUGUAUUCAGUCUGAGCACAACGGGGCUGCUCUGCUUUCCGCGCACGUCGGGCACGCUGUCGCCGCCCAGAUAUCCAACAGCUUGACCGAGAAGAAAUUUUCCCAAACAGUUUCGGGUACUGAUUCGGAGGCCCUCACUGAUUCCUGGGAGGCCCUUUCCCUUGACACCGAGUACUGGAAACUUCUGCUGAAACAGCUGGAGGACUGUCUCCUUCUUCAGACUCUGCUUCAUAGCAAAGUGAAUGCCUCAACCUCCAAAGCAUCAUCGCUGCAGGCUGAGCCGCUCCCGAAGCUUUCUGUUAAAAAGCUGUUAGAAGGAGGAAAAGGUGGCAUUGCAGACAGUGUAGCCAAGUGGAUAUUUAAACAGGAUGUCAGCCCUGAAGUAUUAAAACUGGCUAAUAAAGAAAGAGAUGCAGAAAACUCAGAUGAACCCAAAGAAGGUAUUAACAGAGGUUUAUCUGAGGUGUCAGAGGUGGAGAUGGACUUGGGAGCCAUCCCAGACCUGCUGUACUUGGCCUACAAGCAGUUUCCGUGUAGCCUCGAGCUGGACGUGCUGCACGCACAUUGCUGCUGGGAGUACGUUGUUCAGUGGAAUAAAGAUCCGGAGGAAGCACUUUUUUUUGUUAGGUCAAUAGAACACUUGGAGCACAUUCUUAAUGCACAUGUUCAGAAUGGCAUCGCACUGAUGAUGUGGAACACAUUUUUAGUUAAAAGGUUUUCUGCUGCUACGUACUUGAUGGAUAAGGUUGGAAAAGCACCAAAGGAUAGGUUAUGCCGAAGGGAUGUGGGGAUGAGCGACACAGCAAUGACAUCUUUCCUUGGGUGUUGCUGGGAUCUUCUUCAGACUUUAAUGGAGGCAGACGUCAGCCGGGAUGAAAUGCAAGUGCCCGUCUUGGACACGGAGGAUGCCUGGCUGGCCGUGGAAGGACCAGUCUCCAUAGUGGAGCUGGCGCUGGAGCAGAGGCACAUCCACUACCCGCUGGUGGAGCACCAUUCCGUCCUGUGCUCCCUCCUGUACGCUGUCAUGAGGUUCUCUCUGAAGGCCGUGAAGCCACUCUCCCUCUUUGAUAGUAAGGGGAAAAACGCAUUUUUCAAAGACCUAACUUCAAUUCAGUUAUUACCUAGUGGGGAAAUGGAUGCAAAUUUUAUUUCUGUACGACAGCAGUUCUUAUUGAAAGUCGUCAGUGCAGCUGUCCAGGCCCGACAUGCAGUCACGAAGGACAAAGGCUCCUCAGAAGAGGCAAUGACCACUCUUUUUGGGAAAGACCAAGAUUGGCCAGUGCUGGCCCUGGAUCUGGCCCAUCACCUUCAAGUUAGUGAAGAUGUUGUUAGGAGGCAUUAUGUGGGGGAACUCUACAGCUAUGGAGCUGACCACUUAGGAGAAGAGGCCAUCCUCCAGGUUCAGGACAAAGAGGUCCUGGCCUCGCAGCUGCUGGUGCUGAUAGGGCAGCGGCUGGCGCACGCGGUGCUGCGCACGCAGACGAGGGAGGGGCUGGAGCUACUUGCCAGGCUGCCCCCGACGCUGUGCACCUGGCUGAAGGCCAUGAACCCCCAGGAUCUUCAAAACACAGAAGUGCCAAUUGCAACAACAGCUAAACUAGUAAAUAAAGUAAUUGAGCUUUUACCAGAAAACCACGGGCAGUAUAGUUUAGCCUUACACCUCACUGAAGCUGUGGAAGCCAUAGCUAUUCCUCCUUUAUGACACUUUAUCUACUGUAAACAGUCUAAAAUUGUGUGACUAUAAUAUGAAUUAGUGCAUGGUUAUUUUACACAGUAAGAUCUGGAAUUUCAUGGAGGGAAUAUGGUUUUUUUCCUUUUGUAAAAUAAAUAAAAAUACAUUAUUACUUUUAAAAAGUGCAGUCUUGGCUAAAUUCCCCUCCUUUGGUUAAUACUGAUGAUAAAAUACGAACAAGUAUCAAUUACACUAUUAAUUCCUCUUGCAGAUGUUUGACUAUUUUUAAUUCAAGCACUUAAGUAGCUUUAUUGUUAAACUUUGCUAUUUAAAGUUGGUUAUAAUUUACAGAUUAUGUUCUUAACAUUCUAUACUUCGUACUCAAAACGUUAUUGUAAUUAAAUUUAAACGUGUUCAUGUAUAGUCCCCGCCAGUUAUAUGAGAGAAGUACACCACUUCCUUUUUAGUAAAUGUUGGGAAAACGCUUUUGUUAUCAUGCUUGGUCCCGUACUGCGGCACUGCCCCCUGGAGCUCUGGAUGCUGACAGGUUUCUUUCCCAGAGGUUAUGCUGUUGCCAUCAGAGGAGGAUGACCCUGCCUGUGGCGGAAUAAUGGGUUCAAGAUCAUAUAUUCAUCAGAAUGGACACCAAAUAGAACCCUUAGCCUGCUGUACUUGCCAAAACAGAAUCUAAGAUGCAAGCAACACAGCAAAAUUAAUUAAAAUGCAAGUUAAGAUUUGCUUUUUGCCAAGAUUCAAAGCUGUAUCCACAUCAGGUAAUUGUAAAAAUGUAUUAUCUUGUAAAACUUACAUUUAAAAAAAAGGGGCAAAGAUGCUAAAAAUCUAAGGUCCAACUUUAUUUUUCCUACGAGUGUUUUGAGAUGUCUGCUUCUGGGAUUUGGUAAUGUUACCUGUUCUUAAGAACAAUACAGAAAAUGCUUAGUGAUGAUACUACAGCUUUAGCGAACCUACCUCACAGCUGGCUUGAGAGGAUAUAUACAACUAAUUUUGUAUUAGUUGUAUACAACUAAUAGUUGUAUACAGUAUACAACUAUAGUGCCUAGAGCAGUCCAAGUGCUGAAUAAUCAUUUGUUGAUUAAAACCAAAUUAACCAAAAAACUGUAAACCAAAACUCUGUAAAGAGCUGUACAAAUAACACCAAGUAUUUAUUAUGGUAAAUCUUUGGAAUGUAGCCAUACAGUGCGAGUACUGACAUGUCCUGGAUCACAGUUGUUAUUCGUAGCAACUCGUUGUGAUACCGAAGUUUGUUCUUCACUUCCUUAGGAAGAAGCCAACUCUCGCAAUUGUACAAAUUUGAGGCGUUAUAUCAGGAACAUAAAGGAAAAGUCUGAUGUUUGAGGAUAUCCCAGUGUAAAUUCUUUUUAACUAAGAGAUCACAUCCAAAUAAGAACUGUCUAAAACUUACUUAAUAAUUAGUUUCAUUUGUCGAUAAAAUCUUGAAAGAUUAAUUUUCAGAUGUCUUGAGGACGUGGGGUGAGGGCCUUGUAUGUCUGAUUGAGGCACACGCUGCAAUAGAAACACUGAAAACGACCUCGGGCUGGUCUAGCCUCUCAGCCUCUGCUGGGAUCUCUGCUGCCCCAUCCAGACACAUUUAUAUGAUUUCUCGUAAACGUGUCUAGCUCUAUAUAGUCACUUGCGUAUAUUCUGAAAGAUUAGUUCUUUCUGUGACUUUUCUAAAUACUCUGAAAGUAGUUAUGAACCUUGGAGGCUGGUCAAAGAAACUUGGAAUUACAGGCGUUUUUAAAGAUUAAUAAAUCAUAGUCACUUUGAUUCCGUUAUCACUUUUGGGGGAGAGGGUAUCUAAUAAGCAUUUUAGAUAAUAAAACUGGCUGAACUUAUUCUAGUAGGACAUGUAAUCAAAUUUGGGGAUUGUUGAGAAUAUUAAUCAGCUGAAAUACGGCUCCUAGAACCAUAACAUCGAGGCUCUAGUUAGAUUUAUAAUCCUAAACUUUGCCAUUCAAAGAAUUUUAAAAUUGAAUUCUCAGUUGUAUGGUUAAAAAAAGCAGUUAAGUAUUUUACUACUUCAUUAAGGGCUUUUAAAAUAAAUCCGAUAGAGGAAAGGAAAAUAAAUACCUGUGUAUGCAUCGUGUAACCAUGAAGAGCCACAAAUAACGAUACAGAAUGGACAGUUUCUGAAACAGGUAUGUUGCACAUACUGCAGUUACUGGUGGGAAACCGAUAACCAGCGAGUAGUGUUUUCUUAGAUCUACUCCCACCGCCAGCCCCCCAAUACACCUUUCCUCAUGAACAUUAAAUAGGCAUUUUAUACCUUGUUAAAUUCUGUUGUAUAAUGCAAAGGAAAACAAAAGUGUUCAAAUAAUCAUAAAUUCUACAUUACAGGUUGUAUUUAGAUGUAGAACUAGAAGAGACAGGAUAAAUGCAAAUAAAGAGGAAUAUAGCACACCAAGCUUCUAAAUGGUUCAUGCUUUUGCAAAAAGAAAAAUGAGGUAUGGAGAAAAGUGUUUCACCUUUGUUAUAAAAAUUAAACUAAGGUCGAAGUAAACACUGUUCAAUUUAAAUUGCUUUCUUUAAAAAAGAAAUUGAUUACAGUUUAAAAUCACAGAAAACUCAGAUUUAAUAACACUAAGCAUACAUGGAAUAAUAAGUUCACUUAGCAGUUGCUGUGGUUCAUUUCACUUAUAAGAGACAAAUAUUUUUAAAGUGCUCAAUAGCAACAGUGAAAGCCCUCUCUCACCCUGACAGGAAUGGGUUUGCUGUAUUUCUGCUAAACAGAAUUAACCAUCCUUGGAAAGAUUUUAAUCCAGUACUGAAUUGUUUAUAAAAUGCCCUAUUAUCUACUGUAAUGUAUUGUAAGUAGUCAAAUUCUGUAUAUACUGCUAUUUUCUGUGUCUCUUCAUUGUAGUGAACUUUUAUGUGUAUUAGUGAAAUAAAUUUUCAGCUUUCA